AACAAGCAGGAUACGGUUUGUCAAAAUGCUUUUAUUGCGAAAGUACAGAACUUGUACACCGGAAGUGAUUCCUGUUGCUACUGUUUGUAGCAUUUGGACACAUUUUUAUAUAAAGUUAUUCUACUAAUUUCACCUACCGGCAGUAAAUAUGCGAGGCACGAAAAAGUGAGCGCAAUUCAAGCGAUAUAUCGGUGUUCAUAAAUGUAGGAACAGUUGCACAUAUAGCUGUAAAUCGAUGAUUGAUAACGAAAGUUCAUGUCAGCUACGUCCUGGAGAUGAUUAGCGAGCUACCAUGAGGUUGUCUCACUAACGUCAGCCGGCACCAGGUGACAUGCAAAUACAUGUUGUAAUCCUUAUGUACUUGUAUUUAUUUAUAUCAUAAUGUCUACUCUGUAUCGAUGCGCUCUUUUGUACCGUGUUUCUACAUUAAAGCAGCAGACAGGUUUGAUACAGCUCAUGAGAUUUGGGCACAAUGCGCCUCCUUCAUCGUGGAAGACACCUAACACCGUCUGGGGAGUUGGAAACACGGCCAUAACUCAGACAAAUAACCUCAGCACCAUGGCCAGUAAGUCAGGGAGGCUCAGUUUUUCUUGUUCAAGGUGCUUUUCAAGUUCAACUAAGGCUGGAUCCGCUCGAGUAAAGAGAGUUUCUAUCGAGGGCAACAUUGCUGUUGGAAAGUCGACUUUUGCAAGACUGUUGCAGUCAGCUUGUCCAGACUGGGAGGUGGUGGCAGAACCUGUAAGCAAGUGGCAGAACAUUGAGAGUGGUACCUCAAAGGGGACAGACGGGUCCCCCCAGACAACAGUCAGCAACCUGCUUGAGAUGAUGUACCAGGACCCUCAGCGCUGGUCGUACACGUUUCAGACGUAUUCCUGUAUGAGCCGGCUGAGAACUCAGCUGCAGCCUCCUCCUGCUCACCUGCUCAGCUCAGAGGGAACACCUGUCCAGGUGUAUGAGCGCUCAGUCUACAGUGACAGAUACAUCUUUGCCCUGAACAUGUUUGAUCUGGGUUGUAUCAACUCUACAGAGUGGGCAGUCUACCAGGACUGGCACUCCCUCCUGGUGGAGCAGUUUGGACACCAGGUGGAGCUGGAGGGCAUCAUCUACCUCAGAGCCCCACCUCAGAAAUGUAUGGAGCGUCUGGAGCGCCGGGGAAGGGCAGAAGAGAAGGGAGUGAAACUGGACUAUCUGAAUAAGCUACACGUUCAACAUGAGAGGUGGCUUGUUGAGAAGAGCACUGAAAUACAUUUUGAGAAGUUGAAACAGAUCCCUGUGUUACAACUCGAUGCCAGUGUGGAGUUUCAGAGUGACCCAGAGGUGCGGGAGCAGUUUAUAACCAAGGUGAAGAACUUCUUCAAUGCUUUAUAAGAAGAUCAGCAGCGGGAAACGGAUGAGACCAGUCAGUCAAGUGUGUUAACUGACACAUAACUACACACAAGUCUCAUAGAGUGAAAUAUAAAGUAAUAUAAAAGUUUUUCUCUUUUUGUUUAGCUGCUGUCUUUACAGGACCAUACUACAUAAAACACACAGUUUUGUCUAUUUAAAUGUGUUGCUUCUAAAGAGACUUUUAGAUUGUUACAUCUUUUGUUGUUAUUUUAUGUGUUGUAUCAUGGUUUUGAAGUUACUUCUUGUACUGUCGAUUUAAUUUGAAAUCUGUAACACAAUAAUU